AAAAAAUAAUAAUAAAGAAAGAAAAAAACAGAAUUAAAUUAAAUAAAAAAAAAAUUAUUCCUCGAAUGAAAAAUAAAAACAAAAAAUAAAAUUAUACAAAAAUAUAUUUUUUUUACUACAAUUCAUUUAUCAAUAUUAUUUAUUAAAUUUGAUUGCAUGAUUUUUAUGAAAAAUUCAAGAAAAUUUUAAAAAAUAACAAAUUAUAAAAAUUAAUAAAAGAAACAAAGCAAGAAAAUAAAAUUAUAUUUAAUAUUUAGUAAUAAAAUAAUAAAAGAUAAAAAAAAAAAUAUUUGUGUAAAAAUGAAAUUGUACAAUAAAAUAGAAAUUUUUCUUGGAAUUUUUCUAAUACUAAUUAUUGGUGUUAUCACAGUUGAAAUCACAAAUUUUCAUGUACCUGAACAUAUAGUGAUUACAGAUGAAACACCAGAUGAUAUAAAAUUAGAUUGCGAAUAUGAAUUAGAAGAUGGUGAAACGAAUUUAGUUGUUAAAUGGCUUAAAGAUUCAGAAAUAAUAUAUCAAUGGAUACAAGGGCGUCCACCAAAAGCUUUUCCAAAUGUAAGAAUGGAAAUCGAUGAAGGAUAUGAAGCAUCAGAUGAUGAAUUACAAAAAUAUAGAGCAUUGGUUAUUAAAAAUCCACAUUGGAAUGUUACAGGCAAAUAUAAAUGUUUAGUACAAACAAAACAAUCAGCUAGUAAAAUGGAAAGUCAUUUACAAGUGAUUGAUGUCAGCAAUUUAACAUUUUCUUUAAUCGAAGAAGAUGAUGAUGAAGAAGAUGAAGAUGUAGAAAUAAAAUGUUCUGUUGAAAAUAUAUUUCCACAACCAAAAUUAAGAAUAAAGAAUGGUGAAGAAAACGUACAUAUAAAAUCAGAAGAAUUUAGUAGAAAAAAUAAUGGGUAUUAUGAUGUUUCAGCUGUUGGUAUUUUAAAACAUACUGAAAGAGGUGAUAAUGGAUUCUCAUGUUCACUAUAUGUUCCAGGCAGUAAUUUUACAUAUGUUCAGACAACAAGUUCUGACCAACAAGAUUCAUUUGCUGUUCGACAUUCUAUUAAUCAAAUGAUAAAUUGUGUACAAUUUAUCAUUUUAAUUUUACAGUAUACGUACGUUAUGUGUUAGUUACACUUACUCAAAUAAUAUGAUUUUAGGCAUUAUGAAAAGAAACACAUUCAAAUAUUUUAGUUCAUUAUUGCCUGUGUCAAUAGGUUUCCUCAUUGUUACAUUUUGUACAUAAUUAAUUUAUAAAACUAUAAAAAAAAAACUCAAAAAAAAAAAAAUUAAGUCAAUAUUUCAUUUUGUUAUUUAUUUACUUCCUAAAACAUUAAUAAUACGCAUACAUAUACAUAUUUCAUAUAAAAUUCUUAAUAAAAUUACAAAAAAAAAAAUCAGUACAUAUGCAGUGAAAUUUUAUUAAAUAUUUGAUUUUAAAACGGAUAUAAAAGGAUUCUUUAGUUACGAUCAUCAGCCGUCAUUAUGCGAGUUACUUAAAACCAUAAUAGAUAUGCUGGAAAUUAAAUGGAAAUCUGCGGUUUAUUAUUUUUAUUUUUAAAGAUUUUGUAAUUAAUAAUUGUGUAAAAUUUUGCAAUAACAUGAAAUUUAUUUUUUUUUUGUAAGCUAUUUUCUAAAGCUAAUACUCAAAAACUUAAAUUAAAAAUAAUUUUAUAAUAAAUUUAAAAUAAAAAUGUAUUAAUAUUUUUGUUAAAUUCACAAUAUUAUUUUCAUUUUCAAAAUUAUUAAUCUUUAAUUAAGAAAAUUAUUAAUAUUGUCUUAGUUUAAAUUUUAUAUAAUUACCAAUAGUUUGUAAUAUACAAAAACUAAAAUUUCACUGCAUAUUUUUUGAAACAAAAUGUAUUAAA